AUGUCCCACAACAUCAUCCGACGUAUCUUUGGUGACCGCAAGCUGCCUGAGAACCUUAGCGGUAACGAAUAUGAGCGUUUUAUGCAAGAGAACUUCCCCAAAUGGAUUCACGAGUUCGAGGAAAGCGGUUUUCUUGAGGCAACAAAACUGCCGGCAAUCAAGAGUGAGGAUGAGUUUUUGCAAAAACUGCAGGAACACAAGGAUGAUCUUAUGGUAAUUAAGUACUGGAAGCAUGCAUGUAUUCCAUGCCUGACUUUUGCGGAGAUGUACAAGGAGGUGGCGGAGAAGUGUAAGGCCGAAAAGCGCCGCAUCGUGUGGUACAGCGUGGACACAAAGGACAUUGAUACACGGUCACUUGUGGAGUAUCAGCUUAUUAACGGCACACCCACCAUUCAGACCUUUAGUGGGUUGAGGCAAGUGGGAAAUGAGAUACGGGCAACAAAUAUAGAGGACUUGAUGAAAGAACUCAAUUCGCGCGAGGCAGCGGUGAUGCGUGGCUGA